CUUUGUGGGGGCGGGGUGAAAGGUCGAGAAAUCGAGAAAAUCAUCAAAGAAAAAGAAAAAGGAAACCCACAGAAGAGAGAGAAAAACCACCAAAAGAAAUCCUAGAGAGAGAGAGAGAGAGAGAGAGAAUUCAAGAACAGAUCUGUAUUAUAUCUUCUUCCCCAUCUUGAAACAAGAAAGAAGAAAGAUUUUUGAUCCAUCGUCUCAAUCUCUCUCCCCUCCCCUCCCUCGCUCUCUCUCUCUCUCUCUACUAAAGUUCGUUAAAUUUUUCCGGCCAUGCGGAGAGCCAGAGCAACCGCAUCGGCCAAGGCGGCGGCGGCGGCUCAGCCGGCGGCCGAAGCCAACGGAUCUGGAUCGAUUAGGUUCCGGGGAGUGAGGAAGAGACCGUGGGGAAGAUUCGCCGCGGAGAUCAGAGACCCCUGGAAGAAAGCUAGGGUUUGGCUCGGGACCUUCGACUCCGCGGAGGACGCCGCCCGGGCCUACGACUCGGCCGCCCGGACCCUCCGCGGAGCCAAGGCCAAGACCAAUUUCCCCGUCCCGUCGUCCGUACUCGCUCCGUACCACCAGAUACAUCAUCAACAUUCGAGGGACCAUUUAAUCGAGCACCGAUUGUACCCGCCGCACCACCAGAUUAUGCCCCAGCGCCCGACCUCCAGCAGCUUGUCCAGCACCGUCGAGUCGUUCAGCGGGCCCAGGCCGCCGCCGUUGAAACCGGUGGUUGUGCCUCCCCGGCGGCACCCCAGGACGCCGCCGGUUUCCCCGGACGACUGCCGCAGCGACUGCGACUCGUCGUCCACGGUCGUCGACGACGGCGACGCGGACAUCGCCUCGUCGAAUUCGUCUCGCAAGCCCUUGCCGUUCGAUCUUAACCUCCCUCCGCUGUUGGAUCACGAGGCUAGUGAUGACUACGACGAUAUACACCUCACGGACCUUCGCCUCUAAUCGCGAUAUUUUUGUUCUCAGUAUUUUAUUCGGAGAAAAAGAGAAGAUGAUACAUAAAAAACGUGAUUGAAUCGAAUCGUUUGGUUGUUCUGUCAUGUUUGUUUGAGGAGAAAUUACCAUCACAUCUUUCGCUUUGUCAUCUUUAAUUUUUAGAGUAAAUUAGAGGAUUGUCGAUGAUGAACUUAUUAUGAGACGAUUAUCGGGGGCUUUAAACCUUUUUAAGUCUCGUGUUGUUGAAGUCAAAUUACAUGUAAAAACAGAGGGAUCAGUUCCGAUCCGUUGCGGAGUUUUCCUCAUCUGAUCUGUUACUCUGAUCUCUUUGUUUACUGUAUAAAAUUUUUAUCUGAUUCAAUGCUAGUCGAAGAAACUUCUAAAUCUUUA